AUGGAAAAUCGUAAUGUUUACAAUCCUCUUCUUUUCGAAAUCGCCUGGGAGGUUGCCAACAAAGUUGGUGGAAUAUAUACGGUAAUAAAGUCUAAAACUCCGGUAACCGUUUAUGAAUUCGGUGACCGAUAUACUCUGAUAGGACCUCUUUCCUACAAAACUGCGCUUGCCGAAGUGGAACCCAUAGAAGUUUCCAAUCAUUAUAUGAAAGAAAUCUUGGAGGAAAUGUCUUCACAAGGUGUUAAAUGGAUUCACGGGCGUUGGUUAAUUGAAGGGGCUCCUCGGGUACUCCUUUUCGAUACACACUCAGUAUCCGACAGAUUAGAUAAAUGGAAAGCUGAUCUUUGGAAUGUUGCGGGAAUUCCGUCACCACCUAAUGAUAACGAAGCCAAUGAUUCUAUUCUUUUUGGAUACUUGGUUUCAUGGUUUUUAGGUGAUUUUGUCGCCAAAGAAAGAAGUAAAGCCGUAAUUGCACAUUUCCAUGAAUGGAUGGCAGCUUGUUCCAUCCCCUUGAUACGAAAGCGACGGAUCGACAUCACCACUAUUUUUACCACUCAUGCCACCCUGUUGGGUCGUUAUCUGUGUGCCGGAUCAGUAGAUUUCUACAACAACAUUAAGAAAUUUUCUGUAGAAGAAGAGGCCGGCACUCGUGGAAUAUACCAUCGCUAUUGCAUUGAACGUGCCGCAGCACUUUGUUGUGAUGUAUUUACCACAGUGAGUCAGAUUACCGCUUAUGAAGCAGAAUAUUUGCUAAAGAGGAAACCUGAUGCCGUAUUACCAAACGGUCUAAAUGUCAUAAAAUUUUCGGCCAUCCAUGAAUUCCAAAAUAUCCAUGCCCAAAAAAAGGAAAAGAUACAUAAUUUCGUGCGUGGUCAUUUCCAUGGUCAUUACGAUUUUGAUUUGGAUAAUACUCUUUAUUUCUUCACAGCUGGCCGUUAUGAAUACAGAAACAAAGGAGUGGACUUAUUUAUCGAGGCAUUGGAUCGACUGAAUCAUCGAUUAAAAGCGUGCAAUUCUCCAGUAACUGUGGUGGCAUUUUUAAUUAUGCCAGCAGCAACCAACUAUUACACUGUGGAGUCACUUAAGGGACAAGCUGUUACCAAACAGCUCCGUGAGACGGUGAAAGAAAUUACCGAUAGAGUUGGGAAAAGAUUGUUUGAGAGAGCUGCUCGUUACACCAGUGGCGACAUUAUGCAGAAGGUGAUGGAUCCAUCUAAUUUACUUACCAAAGAUGAAGUGAUCUUGCUGAAACGUCGUGUCGUUGCACUCAAACGUGAGUCUCUCCCACCAAUAGUCACACACAACAUGGUGGAUGACGUCAGCGAUCCGAUCCUAAAUCAACUACGUCGUCUUCGUCUAUUCAACGAUCGCAUGGACAAAGUAAAGGUGAUCUUCCACCCUGAAUUCUUAAACUCGAAUAACCCCUUGUUCGGUAUGGAUUACGACGAUUUUGUACGUGGAUGUCAUCUCGGUGUGUUCCCGAGUUACUAUGAGCCUUGGGGUUACACUCCAGCCGAAUGCACCGUGAUGGGCAUCCCCUCGGUUACCAGCAAUCUAUCGGGCUUCGGUUGUUACAUGAGCGAAAAUAUUGAAAGCACUUCCGACUAUGGUGUCUAUAUUGUCGAUCGUCGAAAGAAAUCCUUCGACGAGUCCACCCAACAACUUGCGGAUAUCAUGUUACAAUUCUGUCAGAAAUCGCGACGUCAACGAAUCAAUAUGCGCAACCGUACAGAACGCUUGUCGGAUAUUCUCGAUUGGAAGUUGAUGGGUAUGGAAUACACUCGAGCAAGAAAAUUAGCGCUACAUCGAACAUAUCCCGAAUGUUUCGUAAGCAAAAAUCUUGAUGAUCUCCAACGACGCAGAGUAAAAAUCUCGCGACCAUUGUCGGCAUCCGGGUCACCAAGAAUAGAUAGUGGUACCAAUAGUGGCAGAAGUAGUGAUGUGGAUUUCGAAGAACAGAUCUCACAUUUUAAAUGCAGACAUCGCGACUUUAACGAAGAGAAUGAUUCAGAUUAUUACCGAGACAAUGAGUAUGACUAUAUUGAUGAGAAUAGAUAUCGCAACCAUAGAGAAGAGUAUAAUUCAGGUCAUCACGGCUAUAAUGGAUAUGAAAGCACUGACAAGGAAGAGAUGGGUGGACGAUAUUAUCAAGUAUUCGGCGAAAAGGAAUAUGAUAUUGUAAGUUCUGACUAUUAUGAAGAGGGCAAAUAUCACGAAGGAAUAGAAUACUCCGACAACAGCUGUUUCGAAGAAAAAGAUUUUUCUUCACCAAAAUUCUGUAAUACUUGUAACAAAAGAGGACACCUUAUGCGAGAUUGUCAUUCAUAUGUUAGGUCCCAAAGAAAAAUAAACCUUGAGAAAAAAAGUCAUCAGAAGGCAAGAAAAAACAAGAGGAAAUCAUAUUAG